AGACUUGCACUGGUGUACCGGCUCCUCCCCUUCAGUCUCGAACAGGCGUACCGGCUCCUCCCCUCCAGUCUUGCACAGGCGUACCGGCUCCUCCCCUUCAGUCUUGCACAGGCGUACCGGCUCCUCCCCUUCAGUCUUGCACAGGCGUACCGGCUCCUCCCCUUCAGUCUUGCACAGGUGUACCGGCUCCUCCCCCUUCAGUCUUGCACAGGUGUACCGGCUCCUCCCCUUCAGUCUUGCACAGGUGUACCGGCUCCUCCCCUUCAGUCUUGCACAGGUGUACCGGCUCCUCCCCUUCAGUCUUGCACAGCUGUACCGGCUCCUCCCCUUCAGUCUUGCACAGCUGUACCACCGGCUCCUCCCCUUCAGUCUUGCACAGCUGUACCGACUCCUCCCCUUCAGUCUUGCACAGCUGUACCGGCUCCUCCCCUUCAGUCUUGCACAGGUGUACCGGCUCUUCCCCUUCAGUCUUGCACAGGUGUACCGGCUCCUCCCCCCAGUCUUGCACAGGUGUACCGGCUCCUCCCCUCCAGUCUUGCACAGGUGUACCGGCUCCUCCCCCCUCCAGUCUUGCACAGGUGUACCGGCUCCUCCCCUCCAGUCUUACACAGGUGUACCGGCUCCUCCCCUCCAGUCUUACACAGGUGUACCGGCUCCUCCCCUUCAGUCUUGCACAGGUGUACCGGCUCCUCCCCUUCAGUCUUGCACAGGUGUACCGGCUCCUCCUCCCCUUCAGUCUUGCACAGG